AGCACAGGCUCCACCUCCGCCCCGUCUCUAGGGCGACUCCGGAACCGUGGCACGGCCCAGGCAUUCCUCGCGGCCCAGCAGUCGCUGGAUUUGAGAUUGGCUUCCCAGGAACUGCUGCCUGGAGGCGGCGGCGGUGAAUCGCUAUAGAAACGCCGGAAACGUGCUCCCGCCCAGGGCUUCCCAGCGCCGCGGCGGCCGCGAACUUCGGUUCCGCUGGAGUUGCGGCCCGGAAGUGCGGCCUUGGCGGUGGUAAGCCGGAGGCGGCUACGGCCGGGCCGGGUGCCUGAGGAGGAGCCGGAGAUGGCGGCGGCGGCGGCGGCGGAGGCGGUGCACCACAUCCACCUGCAGAACUUCUCCCGCUCGCUGCUCGAGACCCUCAACGGGCAGCGACUGGGCGGGCACUUCUGCGACGUGACAGUGCGCAUCCGCGAGGCUUCGCUGCGCGCGCACCGGUGUGUGUUGGCCGCCGGCUCACCCUUCUUCCAGGACAAGUUGCUGCUCGGUCACUCCGAGAUCCGCGUGCCACCUGUAGUGCCCGCACAGACAGUGCGUCAGCUCGUAGAAUUCCUCUACAGCGGCUCACUGGUGGUGGCGCAAGGCGAAGCACUUCAGGUGCUCACGGCUGCCUCAGUGCUGCGCAUUCAGACCGUCAUUGACGAGUGCACACAGAUCAUUGCCCGCACCCGCGCCCCUGUCCCGGGCACCCCUGCGCCCCCGCCCCUGCCCACGCCUGUGCCCCCGCCCCUCGCGCCUGCACAGCUUCGCCACCGCCUGCGUCACUUGCUGGCCGCGCGCCCUCUGGGCCAUCCAGGUGCGGCUCACAGCCGCAAGCAGCGUCAGCCGGCGCGCCUGCAGCUACCUGCGCCCUCUGCUCCGGCCAAAGCAGAGGGAUCGGCCACUGACCCCGCCCUGCCUGCGGGCCCAGAUGAGGGUGGGGAGGAUGAGGACGAGGAGACAGAUGACGACACUGAUGGCGAAGAUGGCGAGGGCGGAGGCCCGGGCGAGGGCCAGGCGCCCCCUUCCUUCCCCGAAUGCCCCGCGGGCUUCCUUACCUCUGCUGCUGACAACGCACGUGAGGAACCAACUGCAUCCGCCGUCCUCUCCGAGUACGGCACUGGGAGGGACUUCUUUCGGGGGCCUUCGGCAGCUGAGGACGUGUUCCCCGACAGUUAUGUCUCUGCAUGGCAAGGGGAAGAGGGCCCGGCCGUGGAAAGCUGUCCCACCGAGGCCGCAGCCCCACCUGACUGUGUUGUAUCAGGGCCUCGCCCGCCUGCCGUGAAAACCCCAGGGCCGCCCGUAGCCCUUUUCCCCUUUCAUCUGGGUUCUCCAGGGCCACCGGUGCAGCACCCUCUCCAACCCUCUGGGCCAGCCCCCGCACCCCCUGCCACCUUCUACCCUGUGCUCCAGCCGGAGGCUGCCCCCAGUACCACUCUGGGGGAGCCUCCGGCCCCGUCCACUGCUCGUGCCUCUGCCCCUUUGGUCCCCUCUACGCAAACUGCGGGUUCCCAGCCACCCACCUAUGAAUGCAGUCACUGCCGCAAGACGUUCAGCUCACGGAAAAACUACACCAAGCACAUGUUCAUCCAUUCCGGGGAGAAGCCCCACCAGUGUGCCGUGUGCUGGCGAUCUUUCUCGCUGCGCGACUACCUGCUCAAGCACAUGGUCACUCAUACGGGCGUGCGCGCCUUCCAGUGUGCUGUCUGUGCCAAGCGCUUCACGCAGAAGAGCUCGCUGAACGUGCACAUGCGCACACACCGACCAGAGCGUGUGCCCUGCCCCGCCUGCGGCAAGGUCUUCUCGCACCGUGCGCUGCUGGAGCGCCACCUGGCUGCACACCCUGCGCCCUGAUUCGGGGCACGAGGCCUGGCCAUGCCCCUCAUGGGUUCGACCAAGUCCCUGAAGGAGGUCACACCCUUCAGAGGGUCUUGAGAGCCAGUGGGCUAUGCCACACCCACUAUCGGACCCCUUAACACGCCCUCCAGCUAGGUAUAUCCACCAAGGCACCUUGACCACCGUCCAGCCAUUCUACCACGCUGUCCCCUGAGCACAGGCCCUCCUCCAUUGUCCAUGGGCCCAACUCAGACCCCUCCUAGGUAGUGUCAGGUUGGGGCUGAUCUGGGACCCCACCACCUCUGAACUGGAUUAUCAGGCUUGGGGCUGGGCCCAGGAUUCCUGACUCCAACUUCGAUUCCUGCUCCACCGCCUUCCCUGAGUAGGGUGCCAUCUAGGCUGCUUCUCUACCCCAGUGUCAGGCUGGGCAAGAUCCCCGGCAUUUUCCCAUAGCCACUCCUCACCUGGCACCUAAAGGAGCUCCAAUGGACUCAUCAUGGACUGUGUAUUAAAGACUGGCUCUCGGGCCCAGACCCAGAAGCUGUGAGCUCCUGAACUGUGUAUUCCUCACUCUCACAGACUGGCUGUGGGCAUUGUGGUUCAGUGCCCCCCUCCCUGGGGCAAAGACAAGUCUGUUUGGUCAUCUCUCUGUUGUCUGUGCUGGAAUGGGGUGCACAUAUGACUGGCACUUGACUCAGAGAGCCCUUGGACCUGUUUGGAGGGUAUAGGUCAGCCCCAUAUGAGGUGUGUCUUCAGAGAGAAGCCACAGGUGGAUCUCUACCCCAUUCACUGUUGCUGUUGUCCAACAGGCAAAUUUUGAAGCCUGUCCCCCAGAUCUUCCAAGACCUUCGGACUUUAGAGCUCCUCUCCCUGCUCUGAUGGGCAUGAUGGUUGAGCACCUUAGUUCUGUGGGGCCCAGAGGGUCUUUGAAGCAAGGCUGCCAUGAGGGGAUCUGAGCCCAAGCGUAACUGCCCUGGCAGGCAAGAUUUGGAGUGCCAGGUGGGCUGGUGUCAGAGUGGCAGCUGGGACCCUUGGGUUUCUUGCUGGGCUGCUGAAGACAGUGGUGGCAAAGCUCCUGUCACCAAACCCUGCAAUCAGUUUUGUUGCCAGUUCAGAGGGAGGCUACUCCUUUCUUACCUCUAGCACAGGGGUGGCCCCUGGUCUGGGCAUCCUGCCCUAAGGCUUUGGGGCAGGUUGAGGGGAUGGUAUGGCUUGGAGGGUGGUGUCCCAGAUCCUGGGCUACUGACAAUGCCUGUCUGAACUCCCUGUGACUGCAUACCAGAGGUGAGGGGCCCCACCAUGCAUAUGGUCCCCACUGAUGGUAAGAUACAUCUGUUCAACAGAGCACAGAACAUGAGUGGGAGUCAGAGCUAGCUUUGAAUUUGGACACUGCACAAGUUACUUUUAGUACUUAGCGAGAGCACUUACUGUACACUUGGCUAGAGCUUCAGUCCAGCCAAGCCUAAUCUCCCUGCAGAUUAAGUGGGUGUCGCUGAACCAAAGGCUCCCCAGUUGGAUUCCCAGUCAGAGCACAUGCCCAGGUUGUGGGCCAGGACCCCAGUAGGGGGCGCACAAGAGACAACCACAUAUUGAUGUUUCCCCUCGCUCUAAAAAUAAAGUAAAUCUUU